GUUCCGUGAUCUGGAUAUACAAUUUCAAUUAUCACAGUAAAAGAUAUUCCUAGUAAAACUACCAUUCAGAUUCUGUCCAUUCACCCUCUCCAGAACCUUUGAUUCUAAUUACCUGACAAAAGUAUAUCUAUCUAUCUAUCUGAAGCAUGGCACCUUCAGCAUUAAACGAGAGAGCUAAACAGUUACGAGAUCUCCACCUACCAGGCCGACCUUUGGUGCUGGCCAACGUCUAUGAUGCCGCCACAGCGUCGAUUGUUGCCAACCUAGCUAAUGCCAGGGCAGUGGCCACUGCCAGUUACGCAGUAGCCGCUGUUGAAGGAGUAAAAGAUGAAGAACUAUCUAAAGAGCAAAACCUAGCAGCCAUUCGGCGAAUAGCCCCCGUCGUAGCCAACAAAAACCUCCCUCUGACAGUUGAUAUUCAGGAUGGCUAUGACGAUGUCAAACAGACGAUUCGCGAUGCUAUCGCCUUGGGUGCGGUAGGAUGUAAUCUUGAAGAUUUGUGCACCAAAACACUUAAAGUUAGACCUCUGGAAGAGGCGGCAGAAAGAGUACGACUUGCCAUGGAAGCUGCACGGGAAUCGGGAGUGCCUGACUUUGUGAUCAAUGCUCGCACGGAUAUUCUAGGCGAGGACACCGCAGCUGAGGGAGGGGCCUCAACAUCUAUUCUUGAUGAGGUCAUUCGGCGUGGAAAGGCGUAUCUGGCCGCUGGUGCAUGUACUGUGUUUAUAUGGGGCGGUGGGAAGGGUCGAGGAGUCUCGCGACAAGAGGUCGAGAAAUUCAGCUGGGCUCUGGAUGGACGUAUUAGUGUCAAAAAGAACAUGGGCUCGGACUCGCUCUCGGUAGCGGAUCUAGCUACGAUUGGUGUGGCUAGGAUCAGUGUUGGGCCAGAGCUAUUCCGAGUCGCUAUGAGAGCGUACCAGGGGGCUGCUGAGGGGCUGCUUGAGUGAUGGAUGUAUGUAUACAUCACCAGUGUAUUCAUCUGAAAAAAAAACGUAUGAAGAGUUUUGAUGUUGCGAUCUAAUCAUUUUAUACGUUUUAUCACGACAUACAUAGCACUCAUAUGAAGUGAUCGAAUUAAUCAAAUGUCAAGAUUUACUGUUGACAUUACAUCGAAUCCCUUCAGCCAAACAGUAUUUGCUUCACUUAGCGAGCUGAUUCUUGCACAGAGGAAUACAUUUAGAUAUACUGUAG